UGUUUUGACAGCAACGCAGCAGUUUGGCAUUAAUCUGAAAUGCCAAAAUCGUUACGUUGCGCUUCGUCUGGCGCCGCAGUAUCGAUUUUGCUAUGACAGAAUGGCAGACAAAAAAAAAAGACUGGGCAGUGAAGCAACAAGUGUGUGAACGAAACUAGAAGAACUGACGAAAGCAUAUUAAAACUAUGGCCCGCUAUUUCAAAGAACAAGACGUGACUGAAUUUCGUGAAUGUUUUUACCUCUUCGCACGUUCUGGUCACAUUACUACUCUGGAUGAGCUAACGGUAAUUAUGCGAUCGCUGGGACUGUCUCCAACGAUGCAAGAGUUGACCCAGUAUCUGAAGAAGAAGAAUGGUCGAAUGAGUUUCGCCGAUUUUCUGGAAGUCAUGCAUCAACAUUCGCGUGUUGAAAAUCUCCCCGACGAAGUGGUACAGGCUUUCAAAGCGGGAGACAAAGGUGGUCGCGGCACCAUUCCGGCCCGUCAGCUGCGACAUCUAUUGCAAAAUUGGGGGGAAGGGCUAUCGUACCGUGAGGUGGACAACAUAUUCCGUGAGGCAAACGUGUCAGGGAAUGGGCAUGUACGUUACACUGAUUUCGUGCGUGUAGCUUGUGCGCCAGUUCCAGACUACUACUGAUCGUACUAUGUUGCUAAAUGCAAAGGAUCUGAGGUCAUGCCCACCUUAUCACGUUAUUGCAAUCAUCGAUAAUCCUAAUUCAUUCUGACAAAUUGUUUCGAUAUUCUUCUUGGCUAUUGGCUUGGUUUGGCUUCUUACUAUCUUCUAAUUUACUAGUGUUACGCGUAGAUCUUGAAUAUUUAAAGCAUUUUUUGUAGUAGUACAACCGCUUGAGACAAUAAAUACGGUCCGGUCCGUUCCUCUAAGGUUAAAAAACCGCUUGAGGCAAACAUAAAUUAAAAGAAACUACAAAUUGGCAUAGUUUUGUUAUACCCCGUGAAUAUCACAUGAGCAUAUUGCAACACUUUGCAUUCCAUAUUUCAUAACAUUCAAAUAUCUUUGGCACUCAGUGCUAAGAUAAGCAUUAUGCCAAUCGAGGUCCGAAUACUCAUUUUGUACAGUGGAAAGCAAAAAGACGCGUACCUACUAAACCAGGAUGUCUUGCAAUACUAGACAUGUUUUCGCGUAGUUGGAAUUGAGCUUGUUCUAAAUAUGUUUGGUUGAAAUUUUUGUUUUAUAUCAAUGAUCCCUAAAUGCAGCAAAACUAUCAUUUGCCCCGUCGUAUUUCGUAAAAUCUUUUGUGUUCCUGAACUAAACUUCUGUUUGCUUUCCACUGUAGGUGUAAACUAAUGAUUAGUUAGAGACCCAUGGUGAGCAAUGCUCGAAUCGUGUACGAAUAGUGAAUAGUCAUCGAUCGUGAAGCCAGGGUUAAAUCAGCUAACUAAACAUCGUGUUUUCUACUGUUGCACAUUCACUACAGAUUUUACGUGGAGUUGGUUGGAAAAGUUUAUUUUUCAAGUUCGUUUUUGGUAGUCUUUUUGUUAGCAAUUACCGUACAGCAAAAAACAGGCCUCCAAACUAAGUAUGAAACAAUUCAACCAACCUUGUUUAAACGAUAGUAGGUAGGACAUACAAUUCAUAAAAAAUGUGCAAACAUAAUAUGAUUUAUAGUGAACUGAUUGUGGAGAUAGUUUGUGAAAUUUUACUAGCUACUAAAUUUACGGGUCCGAUCGACCACUCAUAGUAACACUUAAGAAUUGUUUCGCCUAAUCUUUAAAUCUUAGCAAUACAAUUUAAAAGUCUGAUUCGACCACGUUUACGGCACUUCCUUCAUUGUGUACAAAAAUAUGCUUAUUGCACGUUUUUCGCAGUUUAGAUUUAGCGUUAGGUUUGGUGUUGAAGGUUAGUUACUAAAAUAGUCUCAAAUAGUCUGGUCGUAAUUUAAUUAGUCUUAGCCCUAAACAUGUCGACAUACCGUUGGAUGUUAAAUCACACAACAGCUUAAAACAGUAGUUUUUAAGUAACCUAGUUUAAAUUUCUGUUGGAUUAUCAUAUGUCUAGAAAAAAAUUAUUUUUUCGCUAAACUGAAAACCUCGUAUCAACUUUACACUCUUUUCGAGUGUUUGAAUCGAUGCUUUAUUUUUGCAUCGUGACUUAUUUUCUUCCAGUGACAGUUUUGCUUUGUAUUUUGAAUAAGGCAACGUUUUAUAACUAUGCCGACAGUAAAUAUCUAUGCCCUACAAACUGUUGCUCGCGUGACGUAAACGCAACGUUCAACAGCAUAACUUAUUCUCAUAAUUCUGAAAAGUUGUGUUUCGUGAUUACAUGUUUUAAAUGGGAAUAAUUUUUAUCAAUUUAUUAUUCACCCACAUUGUUUUGAAUGGCACGAAACGCAUUACGUGAGUAAGGGUUUUCGCGACUAUUUGAUUUUCAAGUUAUCUUCCAACAGACAACAUGAAACAUGCAGUGACACUUUUUUGUCUUUUUCGCUAUAUUUUCUGGCUUGGUGCACUAGUUUGCUGAAUAUUAUUAAUAUUAUCUGGGUUAAUCAAGUUAUAAGUGUAUUAAAGCUGUUGCAUUCACAUUGUGUUUUCUUAAUUAUCAAAAACAUUAGCAAUUAUCUUUGCAGCACUCUCCUUAUACUCUCAGUUAACUGCUACGUGUGGGUGAGCCGUGCGGCGCACCUUAAUAAAACGAUCGGUAGAAUAUAUAGAAAAAUAUGCUUAAGUAUUAAGUGUAUCGUAUGUUAUUUGUUACCGACGGUCUCCACCGAACUAGUUCUCCCUUCAUUGAGCUUUUGAGCUCAUGCAAUAAAGUGAAC